AUUCAUAGAGGAGGGUCGGGAGAGAAGAACAGUUCUGUCUGCAAGAGCCCACUUAAAAGGCUGGACUCUUCUCCGAGGGAGGGAGAGGCAGGAGAGUAAGCGAGGCCUCGGGCCUGGCCCCGCCUCGGGCCGCUCGUCAGACCUCUAUCGAGUCCUGGGCCUUGACGGGGGCGGCCGCGAGGCGCCGGUUGCUGGGGGACCGUGACGUCGCGGGGUGAAAGUUGAGGGGCGGUGACGUCGGCCCUGCCCGGGCGGAGGCUGGCGGGUUGGAGGCAGGAGGGAGGGAGGGAAGGAGGGAAGGAAGGAAGCUGGGAACGAGCGAGCGAGCGGGGGCGCGAGGCGUUUACCUGGAGGCAGCGGCUUGGGCGCGCAGAGCGGCCGCGGCUCCCCCGCACCUGCGGCCAUGGAUGAGGAGCGCGCCCUCUACAUCGUCCGGGCCGGCGAGGCGGGGGCUAUCGAGCGGGUCCUGAGGGAUUACAGCGAUAAGCAUAGGGCUACUUUCAAAUUUGAAUCAACAGAUGAAGAUAAAAGAAAGAAACUCUGUGAAGGCAUAUUUAAAGUUCUUGUAAAGGACAUCCCAACAACAUGUCAAGUGUCCUGCCUGGAAGUUCUCCGCAUUCUCUCCAGAGACAAAAAGGUUUUAGUUCCUGUAACAACCAAGGAAAAUAUGCAGAUACUGCUGCGAUUAGCCAAGCUAAAUGAGUCGGAUGAUUCUUUGGAGAAGGUGUCAGAGUUCCCAGUUAUUGUGGAGUCAUUAAAAUGUCUGUGUAACAUAGUGUUCAACAGUCAGAUGGCGCAGCAGCUCAGCCUGGAACUUAACCUUGCUGCAAAGCUCUGUAACCUCCUGAGAAAGUGCAAGGACCGAAAGUUUAUCAGUGACAUUAAGUGCUUUGACUUGCGCUUGCUCUUCCUCCUGUCACUUUUGCACACUGACAUCAGGUCACAAUUGCGCUAUGAGCUCCAGGGACUACCGCUGCUAACCCAGAUCUUGGAAAGUGCCUUUAGCAUCAAGUGGACCGAUGAAUAUGAAUCGGCCAUAGACCAUAAUGGACCUCCUCUCUCACCUCAGGAGACAGACUGUGCCAUUGAGGCCCUCAAAGCUCUCUUCAAUGUGACAGUAGACAGUUGGAAGGUGCAUAAAGAGAGUGAUUCUCAUCAGUUCCGUGUCAUGGCAGCUGUCCUUCGCCAUUGUUUACUAAUCGUAGGUCCAACUGAAGACAAAACAGAAGAGCUGCACAGCAAUGCAGUCAACCUUUUAAGCAAUGUUCCGGUCUCUUGUUUGGAUGUUCUCAUUUGUCCAUUAACCCAUGAAGAAACGGCCCAAGAGGCAACGACACUGGAUGAACUGCCCAGUGAUAAAACAGCUGAGAAAGAAACUGUUUUGAAAAACAAUACCAUGGUAUACAAUGGUAUGAAUAUGGAAGCCAUUCAUGUUUUACUCAAUUUUAUGGAGAAGAGAAUAGACAAGGGAAGCAGCUAUAGAGAGGGUCUCACUCCAGUUCUCAGCUUGUUAACAGAAUGUUCCCGAGCCCAUCGAAACAUCAGAAAAUUUCUCAAAGAUCAGGUUUUACCACCAUUGAGGGAUGUGACAAAUCGACCUGAAGUUGGCUCAACUGUGAGAAAUAAGCUGGUGCGCCUCAUGACACAUGUUGACCUUGGAGUCAAGCAAAUUGCUGCUGAAUUCCUUUUUGUCCUUUGCAAAGAGAGAGUGGAUAGCCUGCUGAAAUACACUGGCUAUGGGAAUGCUGCAGGACUGUUGGCGGCCAGGGGCCUCUUGGCCGGAGGAAGAGGAGAUAAUUGGUACUCAGAGGACGAGGACACAGACACUGAGGAGUACAAAAAUGCAAAACCAAACAUUAAUCUUAUCACUGGUCAUUUAGAGGAACCAAUGCCAAAUCCCAUAGAUGAAAUGACAGAAGAACAAAAAGAAUAUGAAGCCAUGAAACUUGUCAACAUGCUUGAUAAACUUUCCAGAGAGGAGUUGCUUAAACCAAUGGGACUAAAACCUGAUGGGACAAUAACGCCUUUGGAGGAAGCACUCAACCAGUACUCUGUCAUCGAAGAGACCAGCUCUGACACAGACUAAAAGCGUCACCUGCCCAACUCUCAAUAUUGCUUUUAUCAGCAUCUUUUCUCUGUAGCUCCAGGGGAGUCUUUUCUCUAAAACAUUUAUGCCCUUGCUUUGGCUAGAAACACAUUAACUGGUUUACUCGUUGAGAAUCCAGCAUAUUUAAGAGGUGAUCCUGUGUUUUCACGAUACCGAGGCGUUCGUACAGAGCUGCAGUUAGAUGGAGUGGCAGGGGCUAACCACAGAAGAAGAGGAAUUCCAUUUCAUCGGGAUGGAACUGAAGGACUUCAUCCUAUAAAGCAGCCCUGGUUGAAUCUGGCCGUUCUGUUUGCCAAGGUUCUUAGAAGAUGUAGUCGUGGCCUUCCUCUCUCGCCUGUGAAAGCUGCCCCUUCUGAAUCUCUCCAGCAGACGGAGCCACAUGAGAAGCAGAAUGAGCCGCUAAAUAAGGGCUGAGGCAAGUGACUUGUUAGAUCAGGACUGACUACAUGGAAGCCAAGCAGCUGCUCCAUAAACCUAGUCCCACUCUUCAAUUUUGUACAAAUAUGUGGAAAUGCACAAACACGCACACACACAGCCCCAGACUUGCAAACUGAUUACAUUCUAAAAAGUUUGUAGGUCCCUUAUCGAGAACUUCAGAAUACAUUUCUCCCUCUAAAGGGUUAUAAAUGAUGGUUUAGUUCUGAGGCAGCUACAGAUGCCUAUUUAUUCUCUUACGUACCUUAACACUAGUACCAUAGAACUGAACCCCCAUCUGUAUCAUUGCAUGGGAGCAUGCAUUCUGAGGUCUGACUCGGGGUGCCAGGAACACACGUCCUCCGACCCAGCAGAGAGGAUGGGGACUCCCGGAGUGCUGGGAGUUCUCUCGUGGCCUCUGCUGGGGGUGGAGGGGGUUAGCAGCACCCAUUUGUACAUACAGGUCAUUCAUAGGUCACAGGUUGUACAUUGGGACUGUGUGUGCGCUUGUGUGUGUGUUUGACCUUUCUACCAUAUGUGAUCAGUUUAAUGGUAACUUUUAUUUAUUUAAAAAAAAAAAGAAACACAAAUAGUUACUGUUAAACUGAUUAAGGCUGUUUAUUUUUACUUUUAGAAUUGGUCAUAUGAAGAAGUAGAAUAUGGAUCCUGCAAUAGACAGUGGGCCUAGUUAAUCAGUGGCUAAAGCUGAAAGGGGUUGGUUCCCUUGUAUAUAUGUAUGUACAUGUACAUACAUGCGUACAUAUAUACACAUAGAUAAUGUGCUUAACCACUGCCUUUUAAAACUUUAAAUUAAAUAAAACAUUGGGGUUGAUUCAAUUUAGCCAUCUGUGUGUGUUUCUUUACAGAUACAUGGGGCAAACAAUAGUUCAGAGUUUAUGCUUUUUUAAAGUGUUUUCACAUCCUUUAUCUCACUUACCAUAAUACCCCUUCUAAGGAUAGGUAAAGUAACAUGGAGUAUU